GAAUUGUGUGAAUUAUGUUUGGGUUGGUAAGAUGUAGGGGGGUUGGUGAAGGAAAUGACACUCUGAAAGCCGCCACCAAACAUCCCACCACCAUCAUCUCUAUCACCAUUUCAAAAUCUUGAAUCUCUGCCCAAAAUACUCACUUCAACCCACCUAAAAUCUUUCAUCUUUUUGUCUGCAAACCGCAAAGAAACAAACACAAUGGCGAUUCACAUCAACAACAUAUCCAAUUUCACUUCCAACCUAACCAACACCCACAACCCAAACCCCUCUUCCAAAUCUUCCCCAUCAUCUUUCUUAUCAUUUGGGUCCAAUUUCAACAACCCUAUGAUGAAUCUUGCAUCUGUUUCUUGCAAGCAAAAUGAUCAAAAAAGAUCACUUGCUGUUGCAGCCUCUGUUGCUACUACCCAGAAGACCUCCACUGCACCUGAGGAGAUUGUGUUGAAACCCAUUAAAGAGAUUUCUGGAACUGUUAAUUUACCCGGAUCCAAGUCUCUUUCCAAUCGGAUCCUUCUUCUUGCUGCUCUUGCUGAGGGGACUACUGUUGUAGACAACUUAUUGAAUAGUGAUGAUGUUCAUUAUAUGCUUGGGGCAUUGAGAGCUCUAGGGUUGAAUGUUGAGGAAAAUGGUGAGAUUAAAAGAGCAACUGUAGAAGGGUGCGGUGGUGUGUUUCCGGUGGGUAAAGAAGCUAAGGAUGAAAUCCAGCUUUUUCUUGGAAACGCCGGAACUGCUAUGCGUCCCUUGACUGCUGCAGUUACCGCUGCUGGUGGAAACUCAAGCUACAUACUAGAUGGUGUUCCCCGGAUGAGAGAGAGGCCGAUUGGUGAUUUAGUUACGGGUCUUAAACAACUUGGUGCAGACGUCGAUUGCUUUCUUGGUACAAAUUGUCCACCCGUUCGUGUAGCUGCCAAUGGAGGCCUUCCCGGUGGAAAGGUCAAACUGUCGGGAUCAAUUAGUAGUCAAUACUUGACCGCUUUGCUUAUGGCGGCUCCCCUUGCACUGGGAGACGUAGAGAUAGAAAUUAUAGAUAAAUUAAUAUCGGUACCUUACGUAGAGAUGACACUGAAACUGAUGGAACGGUUCGGUGUUUCUGUAGAACAUAGUGAUAGUUGGGACAAGUUUUAUGUCCGAGGUGGUCAAAAGUACAAGUCACCUGGAAAUGCUUACGUAGAAGGUGAUGCUUCAAGCGCAAGUUACUUCUUAGCUGGUGCCGCCAUCACCGGCGGCACUGUUACGGUUGAAGGUUGUGGGACAAGCAGUUUACAGGGGGAUGUGAAGUUUGCUGAGGUCCUUGGACAAAUGGGUGCGGAAGUAACCUGGACAGAGAACUCGGUGACAGUGAGGGGCCCACCAAGGAACGCUUCCGGAAGGGGACACUUGCGUCCAGUAGACGUUAACAUGAACAAAAUGCCAGAUGUCGCCAUGACUCUUGCUGUCGUUGCCCUUUAUGCUGACGGUCCCACAGCCAUUAGAGACGUGGCUAGCUGGAGAGUAAAAGAAACCGAAAGGAUGAUUGCCAUUUGCACAGAACUAAGAAAGUUAGGAGCAACAGUCGAAGAAGGUCCAGAUUAUUGUGUGAUCACUCCGCCAGAGAAGUUGAACGUGACAGCCAUCGACACGUAUGAUGAUCACAGAAUGGCCAUGGCGUUCUCCCUUGCCGCAUGCGCAGACGUUCCAGUUACUAUCAAGGACCCCGGCUGCACCCGUAAGACCUUCCCAGACUACUUUGAAGUUCUUGAAAGAUUCACCAAACACUAAACUGUUUAAUGGUUGAAAUGUUAGAUUGACGACUUUACCCUUCACCCGUCGUCUUUCACUUAUAAUUGGUAUUUUUUAUGUUAAGGUUGUAGCUUUCUUUGAGAUGGACCUGAGUGUAAUCUUGAAUCUUUUGCAAAAAAUUAUGUUAGCAAUGUAUGAUUUUUGAUGCAUAUUGAAUGUGCUAUUAUAAUAAAAGUGUUUUUGACUUA